GAGUAGUCGUCGUUAAUAUUACGGAAGGCAUCUUCAUGCUAUUACUUGAAAUAGUGUAACAAGCAAACCAAAUUUUGGUGGAACAAGGGCAGAAUGGAGAAACACCAAGUGGGAUGUGAAAUUUCAAGGCCACAUGUGGCACUCUAUCCAACUGUGGGUUUGGGCCAUCUGAUUCCCUUCGUUGAGCUUGCAAGAAAGCUCGUUUCCUCCCACGGUUUCGCCGUGACCCUAAUCACACCGUCCUGGAAUGUUUCCCCUUCACAGACUAAAUAUGUUUCAGACCUCCUUUCCUCCAAUCCCAACACGAUCCGUCAAGUAGAGCUUCCACAGAUUCCUUUCGACGAAGAAGACACCAAAGAUGUCGGAAAAUACUUCCUGGAACAAAUAAGCAAGUCCAUGCCUGCGGUGGAACAAAAUCUGAGGAAACUACAACAAUCCAAUGGCCCUUUCUCGCCGGUCUGUGCGUUGAUAUCAGAUUACUUCCAUGUCGAAACUCUGGAAGUGACUGACUGCCUGGGCUUGCCAAAUUAUGUCUUGUUCACAGGUCCUGCGGCCUUCCUCUGUUUCAUGUUGUGUGUCCCUCGCCUUUGUCUCUCUGACGGAAACGAGGCUCCUCCGAUAUCCGUGAAUAUACCGGGCAUGAAGAAGCCCUUCCAUGAGGGCGAUUUUCCAGACAUGUUUCACAAAAAGUCCUCUCCAAUGUUUCAUGGGUUCCUUCGCCUCUGCUCUCCCUUACGAGAGAUGAAAGCCAUUCUCAUCAACACCUUUCACGAUUUGGAAGCAGAUACGAUUCAUGCGUUGCAGUCCGGAAGCGUUGGAGAAAUCGACUUCCUACCGCCGGUACAUGCGAUUGGGCCGAUUAUGCGGUCGAUUGAUCUGCCCCAGGUGGACAAGGAGGGAGAAGAGAGCCUAAAAAUGUGGCUGGAUAGUCGUGCUAAGGCGUCGGUGGUGUUCGCGUCGUUUGGUACAUGGGGGUUAAUGUCGAGAGAACAGUUGACGGAGAUUGCGUUAGGGCUUGAAGCGAGCGGGCUAAACUUUGUUUGGGUUGUGCGGGGAAUUAGAAAUAGUAGUAAUAGUACUCCUAGUUUCAGUUCUGGUUUUGAACGGGAGUUGAGCAACGUUCUUCCUGAGGGUUUCUUGAGCCAUGUUGAGGGGCGGGGACUAGUACUUCCUUCCUGGGCUCCUCAGGUUGCGAUCCUUUCGCAUCCCGCUGUGGGAGCUUUUGUUUCUCAUUGCGGAUGGAAUUCUGUGCUGGAAGCUAUUUCGUUUGGAGUCCCCAUUGUUGCCUGGCCUCUUUAUUCUGAGCAGCGAAUGAAUUGCUUGUUAAUUGUAAAUGAAUGGAUGGUGGGUUUGGAGGCUGUCAAGGGAGCCGAUGGCUUGGUUGGCCGGGCAGAGUUGCAGAGUGUGCUGGAAAAAGUUAUGCACGGAGAAGAGGGGAGAUUGGCGAAGAAGAAUAUGGAAGAGUUGAAUUUGAAAGCGAGAUGGGCAGUCACAGAAAGGGAAGGAAGUUUUGCCAACAUGGAAGCUGCAUUCAGUGGCCUUGUAAUAGCCACCGAAAACCAAACAUAAGAUUGCAGAUUUUAGUAGAAACUGAUGAGCAUUUUGUUAAAAGAAAUUAAUUAGAAGGGUGGACAGAAUUCUGGAGGUUGCUGUUAUGAGAUUUUUAUAAUUGGUUCUUUUUCACAGGCCUUCUGCUCGCGACACAUUCUAUUGGAAUUAUAAUAUCAACCAUCGAUGUCUAUCAGCUAUCCUGUUUCAUCUCCAGUUUCUUAAGUCUCAGUAUGGGUGAUUCCGCUGCUCUGUCCCGUUUUUCUUUUAACUACUCCAUCCAAUGGGUCCUUGUGAUAUGGCUAGCCUCUCCAUCGAAUGGGCUAAUAGUUUACAUUGUUUAUGCAUGGAAGAGUAAGGUGUUUAUCAAAGCAUGGUUCAUCAAGUCAGAGUUAUCGAAGUAUAAGUGCUGAGAGCAAGAUCAUUGAAGUCAACAAUGACAAUUUUAAGCUCAAGCUUGGCAAAUCCAGAAAUCUCUCAAUUAAAAGGUAAAAUUAUGAUUUUUGACCAAUCUCAGUAAAGGCUUUAUUUUGUAUUUGAGACAUAUGACAGCUUGUAGAGAAUGGUUUCUAUGAACCAGUUGAUUCUACCACAUAUAAUGCUUUAUCUUAAACAAUUGAGUAUUUACUUAUUGAUGAUAAAAAAAACUCAGAAGCAAUCAAAUUUUUAAACGUUACAGCAUGAACAGAGUCAAAACAAGCAAUGCAUAUCUUCCAAACAUCAUAUCAAGAAAUAGCCAAGGCUAAAACAAUAAGAUCCAAAAGUCAAGAAAAGAUUUUGAUAUAGAUUUUGAAUGGGUAGAAUCAUUUUAACUCAAGUUAAUAGAUUAGU